UUCAAUAAGGAACAUGCAUGAUGUUUCACUUGGUUUUUUACUAAGAAACCUGCAUUUUCCUUUGGAAUUGCUACUAAAUUAGACGUAAUCCAUUAUUAGUAUUCAAUUAUCCAAAACCCACCGCCGCUAUUUUUGUACCUUUCCGGUGAUAUACCAUAAGUGCUAGUGUAAGUAAGAGCUGAUAUAAUGGAGCACGACCGUACAGCAAAGGAUAAUAAUGAAGAAGAGGAGAUCAAAGUAGUACCACUCGUUAUCUCAACAGAAGAAAUAUUGGAGCAAAGUAUUGGACAUUUAAAUUGCACUCAAAUCCUACAAAGCACCCUAACUUCACUUUCUCCUUUCUUAGAAAGCUUACAAACAUUCAUAAGCAUUUACGCUCACGCCCAACCCACUUGGCACUGCACCACCCACACCCCUCUCUGUUCCCCCAACAAAUCAAACCAAUGCAACCUUCCAAGAAACACGUGGGAAUGGGAUUCACCUCCACGUGUACACACAUCCAUCAUUUCCGAGUGGAAUCUUGAGUGUGCCACCUCCUUCAUUACCGGUCUCCCGGGAACUUCCUACUUCGCGGGAUGCCUGUUGGGCGGGCUCUUACUCGCCACUCUUGGCGAUUCCUCGCUCGGAAGGAAAAACCUAUUAUGUCUUUCAUCUCUGAUUUUGUACCUUGCUGGGCUAGCCUCUGCUUUCGCACCUAACAUUUGGGUGUAUUCUGUUUUAAGAUUUUUAAGUGGAAUUGGUCGUGCUCCUCUUCCUAUGUGCGCUAUCAUUUUAUUUACUGAAAGGGUGUCCAAAAAAUGGCGGUCCCAAAUUGUUAUGCUUGGGUUUAUCUCAUCAUCACUCGGAUUAUUAGUCUUAACUGGGAUUGCUUAUAUAGCAAAAGAUUCUUCAUGGAGAAUACUUUAUCUAUAUACUUCAAUCCCUGGUCUAAUAUUCACUGUUAUAUCUUAUUUCUUCAUGUACGAAUCACCUAGAUGGCUACUCUUACAAGGACGUGAUCAAGACGCCAUUAAUGUGUUAAAGAGUUUAGGCGGGCCUAAAACCCAUCAAAUGAGCCCGAGUUUAAACAUAAUCAUUAAAUACACCCAACAACAAAAGGGGGUUUGUACAAUUAGUACGAAUCCUUACGCUUCGUUAAAGAUUCUAAUCGGUAGAAGUUGGGCUGCGAAAAGAUUAAUGGCAUCAAUGCUACUAGCAUUUGGAAUUGGACUAAUGUAUUUUGGAAUGUUUUUAGGUGUAGGGAGUUUGGGUUCGAAUAUCUACACAACCUCGGUCUACCAUUCAUUAUUAUCCCUUUCUUCAUCGUUUCUUGCUUUCUUAUAUUGGAUUCCUAAAUGUAAUCGUCGAAUUUCAUUAAUCGGAUAUUGUAGCUUAAGUGGUGGAAUGAGUAUAGCAUUAUCGAUUCUAGGAAGGGGAAGAGUAAAUCAUGAAAUAACCCUCGGGAUGGAAUUAGUAUCAAUGUUUUCAGCGUGCAUGGCGUACAAUAUGGUUAUGUUGUACAUUAUAGAGUUAUUUCCUACUUGUGUAAGGAGUUCUGCUUCACAAUUGGUACGACAAGCGACUAAUUUAGGCACCGUUUUAGAUCCUAUCUUGGUUUUGUUAGGGAGUGGAAAUAUGAUUUAUUCGUAUGGGGUGUUCGGAUUAGCAAUGCUUUUGUGUGGGUUCUUGGUUAUUUGGUUGCCAGAAACUAGGGGUAAGGUGUUAUGUGAUACCAUGGAGGAACAAGAGGUUUUGGACAAGGGUAUGCCUAAUCAGAACACACUAAAUAAUCAUAUUUGAUAUAUAUUUAUUAAUUAUUCAAAUUAUAUUUUAUGUAAUUUGUAUUAUUAUUAGUGGGAAAUGUAAUGUCAUGUAAUCAAUCCUAUUUAAUUUAAAUGAUUGAUGAAACUAAUACUACAAGUUC